AUGAAGAAUAGGGUCGCCAAGUUUAACGAUCUGCGAUUCGUUGGGCGAAGCGGGAGAGACAUAAAAGGGACGCUGGUUACCAUCCGAGCUGGUAAUGAUGAGAACUGCUCCGCCAAACUGAGGAAUAAUACAACGGUUAUGAAGAAUAGGGUCGCCAAGUUUAACAACCUGCGGUUCGUUGGGCGAAGUGGGAGAGGGAAGAGUUUCUCGUUGACCAUCACGGUAUCGACGUCACCGCCGCAAGUAGCAACAUACCAAAAAGCCAUAAAAGUCACCGUCGACGGACCGAGGGAGCCUCGAUCUAAAACUAGUACAAACGUAUCACCGCACCAAAUCCGGAGCAUAGGCUUCCACAGACAGUUCCUAGACACGUCACUUCCCAUCCGUGACAUGGAGUACAAGAGUUCGGCGAGGAGCCUUCGGUCCUUGUCGCACGAGGAGAGAGAGUACAAGACCAAUGCCAACCUUCCUGUUGGAGAAACGGGUGGAAAUAUCCUUGGAGCCAGCGAGUGGAACACCGGGUACUCCUCAACCGCCUCCGUGUACCCAGCGUACGGGGCGCUACAGCCUACUUACUAUAAACCUGAGCCAGCGAUACAUAUACCCGCAGUACUACCAGACAUCCCCCUACCUCACAGCGACUACGGCGGCUUCCAGACAACCAGCUCCGGCUUCGUAAAAGGAAGCCCGAGCGGAGGGGGCGCUCUGACCGAGCUCAACCCCACCACCUCCCAGCGCUACGACCCCAACUACUACAACUCCUGGCCCGCCAACAACUACAACUUCAAUAAUUACCAAUACAAUAAUAUAAACAACAAUCCAUCCUGUCUACAAUCGCACACACCCUAUAUAAACUCCAACCCUCAAAUGCUCCUACCCAACCUUUAUUCAACUGUAAAUCAGAACCAAAUACACGUGCACUUACACAGUGCAGCCGAUAAGCAUAACUUAGAACAGUAUACAAUACCCACAGACAUCAAAAUUAGUGAUAUAGAUGGUGGUAUCUCUAUUACUGCGGAGCUACAGGGUGAAGCCAGUGGGCUAGUACCAAAUUGUGAAAGUAACGAUGAAGGGAAACACGGGCUUUACGGCGGUGGCAAUCAGGACCAAGUGUGGCGACCCUAUUGACGUUUCGUCAGAGCUAAAGACAAUCUUAAUGUUGUACAUAUUGUGAUUUAAUACAUGUCCAAUUGUUAAGAGGUGUUCCUAUUUGAGCAGUCUUGGCGUCGGUACGAGCAAUAUUU